AUGGCUCCCAAGGCCGAUGCGGGUAACCAGGAGGAGUCCAAUGCCACGAGCGGCAGCGGCCCCCUUUCGGUCCUCAGUCCUCGUGAGCAGACCAUAAUGCUGCAGGCUUUGCUGUCCGAUUCCAACUUUCCGGCUGGUAUUCAGGUCGACUAUGUCAAGGUCGCCAACCGCAUGAACCUGAAGAACCCGCGCUCUGUUUCCAACGCCUGGAGCAUCAUCAAGAACAAGAUUGCUGCGUAUGACAAGAAGUUCCGUGAGGACCACAACCUGCCCUCGGCCGAGCAGGAGGCCGCAGCCACCGCGGCUGAGAAUCCGGAGGACGACGAUAACCCCUCCCCCAAGAAGCGGGCUCGCACCAACAAGAGUUCCAAGUCGGCUGCGGGUGGUUCCAAGCGCGGCGCCCGUGCCAAGAAGGAUGCGGCCUCUGCCAUGCCUGACAACUCUGGUCUCGGCGCCGCAGCCGGCAGCUCUGAGGCCACCGGUCGAGCCGACGAGACCGAAGAAGAUGAGGAGAAGAAGGACCAGGACAAGUACCUGGCGGGCGAGAUUUGA